AUGAUAAAGAUGACCUUGACAGUGGUGUUGGUGUACUCCCUCUGCUGGCUUCCCUUCAACAUUCUCCUGGUGGUGCUGGACUUCGUGGAGGAGAUGUCGUUCUGGCCACAUCUCCACCACCUGUGGUUCGUCUUCCACUGGCUGGCCAUGUCCCACACCUGCUACAACCCCGUCAUUCUCUGCUGGAUGAACGCCAAGUUCCGCGAGGGCUUCCUGAACGUCCUAUACCACCUUGUGCCCUGCGGCCGUAGCCGGAUAUCCCAGCACCUGCUGAAGCUGCGUCAGUCGUCAGGACUGCAGAGGGCACACACCUACAGCACGGCCUUCGGCAGCUCUCGUAACUCCAGGAAUCAGAGAUUUAAUGACGAGCCUCACAACAGACUCGAGUCCUCCUCCUCGACCACAGGCUUCUUACAUAUCACAAGCACCACUGACGUCCCACUCAAGCUCUUUCGCACUCGUUCCCUUGAUCCAAGCACGAAUGGACUAAGAUACACCGCAGUGGAGAGAGAACAAAAGGAAAAUCACGUCGGGGAAAACGACCGGAGUCCAAAUCCCACCGUCGCUGACAACAAUUUUGGAACGUGCGGCCAGACCUCGCUGGGGUACUUGCCUCUGCCUCAUGAGAAGAUCGAUAGCUACCUGUAUUUAUCAGGGGAGUCCACACUCUGAGCCAGCCGAGGGCCUUACCUCUCUCUCUUUCUCUCAGAAUAAGAAACAGAAGCAAAGAUAAAAGGCUUUAAUGUUGGUCCUUAAUAAGUAUAUGCAUAUACAGGGAUGUCAUCCCUGGUAAUGUUGUGAGGACAUAUUGCCUAUGAGAACAGAAUAAACAGCAGUUAGGAAAGACCAAACUGUUUAUAUCUAAUUUGAUUUGAGUGUUUUACUUAAUGUUACGUUAAUAUCUUUUUAUUAGACAAUAGGCAAGAAUAUUUUGGAACAUAAAUGUAUAAGUUAGCUUGGGAAAGUCAAUAUUUUGUUUUUCAGUGUAAGUUUACAAUAACAUAUCCUAUUUUAGCUUUAUUGUGAGCAAUAUGAUAAAUGGAAUACUACAUUAACAAAAAUAAUGAUUUAUGUAUGAAAUGUUCAAAGUGAAAUCAGCACAAAUGCCUCCUUUAUGUUUUCUUGAUACUGGGAAUCUUGUAUAAUGUAGGCAAAAUGUAUAUAUAGUACACAGGAAAAACAGGUGUUGAGAAUGUCUUGUAACAUAAGGUACAUUUGUUAUUUAACAAUUUGUAUAUCCACUAAUUAGUUUGCGAGUGUGUGUGAAUGUGUAUAAGAGUGUGUGUAUGUGUGUUUAUCUUUAUUUUUUACAACUUCAUAUGUGGAUUCUAAUUUUUAUAUACUACAAUCUGUAUAUAACUAUUAAAUGUUUGUAUAUCUAUGGUUAUUCUCAUUAUAUGUAAUUUAUAUUCAUAUAUUGUUUGUAUUAAUUUUUUCAGUGGCAUAUCAAGUGAUAAUAACAAUUAUUGUUGAUCGUUAA